AUGCCGCAUAAGUACUACCACGGCCGCACGGGCAUUGUCUGGAACGUCACCCCUCGUGGCGUUGGCGUGAUUGUCAACAAGCCAGUCCGAAACCGCACGAUUCGCAAGCGCAUCUGCGUGCGCUUUGAGCACGUGCGCAAGUCGCGCUGCCAGGAGGCCUUCAAGCAGAAGCAGAAGGACUUUGUGGCCUUCCAGGCAGCGAAGAAGGCUGGCAAGCCGCUCCCUCCCCCGAAGAAGAGCUCCCGCAACGGCGGCAUUGUUCGCCCGAAGAAUGUGGAGGUGCUGGCCCGCCGCACUGCCGAUUACGAGGCCAUGAUUCCGUACUAA